AUGCAAAGGCGCUUUAUAAACAUAUUAAGUUCAAUAAUGGCACCGAAAGGCUCAAAAAGUUCGAAAAAAGACACAAAACCCGGUGUAAAGGAAAAAGAAGUGAAGGAAGUAAAGGAAGAAAGUGCAAUAAAUGUCCUCAAAUCUGGAGAUUAUUCAAUCAAAAUACUAGCUAAACCAGGAAGUAAGGAAAGUGGAAUCGUUGGACUUACAGAAGAAGGAUUGGAACUGAAAAUUGGAGCUCCAGCUGUUGAAGGAGCCGCAAACACAGAAUUAAUAGAAUUCCUCUCAAAAUUACUAUCCGUCCGAAAGAGUGACGUGAGUCUCGAUCGUGGCAGUAAGUCUAGAGUAAAAACUGUUAACAUAUCAAAAGACUGCAAAUUGUCAUUAGAUCAAAUAAAGGAGAUAAUAAAUACGAAUGUUGGUAAAUAA